AUGGAUCUCAGUGUGUAUUAUCAGAACGUCCGAGGUCUACGCACUAAGCUCAGUAGCUUCCUAGCCGCAUCGUCAAUUAGCGAACACGAUGUCAUUUGCAUUACAGAAUCUUGGCUGCACCCCUCUAUACAUGAUGGUGAAAUAUUAGAUUCUACUUAUACUAUUUAUCGUAAAGAUCGCAAUUCUUUGUUAAGCGGAUAUGAGCGUGGCGGAGGUGUAUUCAUAGCUGUUAAACGUUAUAUUGAAGCUGAAGUUAUUCCAUUAGUUGACGACGGCAUUGAGCAAAUAUUUGUUAGAGUUAUGGGUAAUAACUGGGAUACUAUUAUCGGUUGCGUUUACUUACCCCCGCACACCUAUGAAACUUACGUAACUCAUUCGUCAACCAUUUCAUUUAUUACUGAUAAAUUUCGAAAUGCAAAACUUUUGGUAGUGGGCGACUUCAACUUGCCUAGUAGCUCACCUAGUAAUAACUGCACGAAUCUACUUUAUGACUGCUAUUCUUCGUCUGGCUGCAAGCAGUGUAAUUGCAUUCUUAAUGCACAAAACAAUACACUGGACCUCUGCUUCAGUGAUAUCGACAUAUCGCCUAAUAUCACUCCUGCUCUCGUUCCAGAGGAUAAGUACCAUCCUGCUCUGGCGGUUGAGCUUGAUUUCAAACCCAGCCUAACUCCAGAUGCAUCGCCGAUCUAUGUUUUUAAAAAAGCAAACUAUAUUAAUUUGAACGCAUUCUUUAUGAGGACAAACUGGGUGGAUCUAUACAAACAAGAAACAGUUGACGAUAAACUUGACUGGCUUUAUCACAAAAUCUACGAAGGUGUCUCCCAGUUUGUUCCGGUGUACUCCAACAAGUCGAGAAAUUUCCCUUCCUGGUUUUCUAAAGAACUGGUAGAGAAAGUGAAACUCAAAAAGGCGGCACACACACUCUAUAAGAAGCGAAAAACAAUGCUAAAUUAUACACGUUUUAGUAACCUUAGGCUGGAAUGCAAGAAGCUAAGUACCGAGUGCUAUAGAAGUUAUAUCGAUAGAGUAGAAAACUCACUGCAGUCCAACACCAAGGCGUUCUGGAAUUUUAUCACAAUAGCGAGAUACCAUCGACCAUGGUGUGGGGCGAUCAAGCAGCUAAUACUGGAACCGAAAUUAGUGAUCUUUUCGCGACAUACUUUCAAAGCACAUACGCACCAAUCGCCCAAAACACCACUCCUUAUCUGCAUCUUACCGAACAGAGUGCUUGCAUAA